AUGUCAGCCAAAGACCCACCUCAGAUCCUCUUUUUCGAUGUCCUUGGCACGGUGGUGGAAUGGAGACAUUCUAUCGCAAAGGAACUGAGCAAAGCUGCACAAGCAGUUAUGCAAGACACAGAAAGAGACGUGAAUUUUGAAACACGGGACUAUGUAUCAUCUCUGACCAUGACAGAUUGGUUGAGUCUAGCAGAAGAAUGGCAUCGAUCAUACAUGGAAUUCGGAAACAACUUCAAUCCGUCUGGGUCUUUCAUUUCAGUCGAUGAGCACAAUUAUACCUCGCUUGAAGCAAUCCUUACAAAGCGGGAUCUGCACACUCUGUUCAGCAAAGACACCCUGGCAAAGCUAGCUCUUACAUGGCAUCGACUUGAUCCAUGGCCUGAUGCUGUUGCAGGCCUCCACCUUCUCAACGGUCUAUUCACCACCUCAACCCUUUCGAAUGGCAACAUUUCCUUGCUCAAGGAUCUUCAAGCACACGGAGCACUGCCUUUUACUCAUAUCACGAGCGCCGAGCAUUUCGGUGCAUACAAACCCUCGCCGGAGGUUUAUCGGGGAGCUGCGAAGAAAUUUGGGUUGGAAACUUCCCAGUGUGAUCUGGUUGCCGCACAUCUUGAAGAUCUACAGGCAGCCAAGGGCUGUGGCUUUCAAACGAUCUAUGUGGAGCGAGAAAUGGAAGAGGCAUGGAGCAGUGCAGAGGCCCUUCAAGCCAAGAAGUCCGGGUUUGUCGACGUCUGGGUCGAGGACACUGGAAAUGGUUUGAUGGAAGUGGCACGAAUUUUUGGGAUUGAGUAG